AUGGGUAAUGCAACGAGCAAGAGUGAGGACCCGGUGCUUAUGGCGCUGAGACACAUGUUGAGAUCCAGGGGGUUAAAACAGUCCGAUUCCUUGUCAAAGAAGGUCUGCGUCUUCCCCAUGAUCUCAGCCCUUAAGUCAUAUUUUCAACCCUAUCUGACCCCCAGGCAUACCGCAGGGGAAGACCAAUGGGUCACGUUUGAUGAGGAGAGAGCCCAAAGGUCAAAAGUGAAACUAAAGCACAUGCUAUGGAGAGAUCUGGAAAGGGGGAGUGACGAGAGUGGGGGAGAAAAAGGGGGGACCCUGGGCAGUCGGGAUGAAGAUGAGGGAGAGGAGCCCUCCACUCCCAUGGGACUGGUCCAGGCUUUCCCCAUAAACAUCAACCCUGGACCCCAGCACCCGGCCGCCUGUAUGCUGACAGGGACUACAGAGGCUUUUGCCACGGGCACCCAGCAGCAGCACUUCCACCACCGUAUAUGGGACAGGACCACCAGUGUGAGCUUGUUGAGUAAGGACCCAACCACACCAACCUUGACUGCAGAUGUCAAUAGCACAAGUGAGGAUUCCUACGACUUCUUUGCGACCUGUCCAGUGGUGAUGAUCCUGUUCUGGCUAGUCCUCAUUGUGGCUGCAGUCGGGGUAACAGGAAACGCGGUUGUGCUCUGGCUUCUGGGUUUCCGUAUGCGCAGAAAUGCCAUCUCAGUCUAUGUCCUCAACCUGGCUGCAGCUGACUUCAUGGUCCUUUGCAACUAUAUUAUUGUCCUACUGGUGGAAAAAAUAUCUCCAAAUUUCUUCAACCUUUUUUUCGUCACAGUUUCCACCAUUAUGACCUUCUGCUCCUAUUUCACAGGUUUAAGUGUGCUCAGUGGCAUUAGCAUUGAGCGCUUUCUCUCCACACUGUACCCCAUCUGGUACCGCUGCCACAGACCAAGACACACAUCAGCCAUCAUCUGCGGGCUAAUCUGGACUGUGUCCCUGCUGGUCAGCACUCUGAGCGUGUCCAACUGUCUUGCAUUAUAUUUUGGAGUUGUUUAUUACAACUGGUGUGAGCCACUUGGUUUUUCCCUUGCUGUAUACCUGAUCUUUUUAUGUGUGAUUCUCUCUGGAUCCAACCUGAUUCUAACUGUCAGGAUGUUCUGUGGGUCACGCCGGAUCCCACUGACCAAACUGUAUGUGACUGUCCUGCUCACUGUGCUGGUCUUCCUCUUCUGUGGCCUGCCCUUUGGCAUCAAUUUUUUCCUAGUAGCCAGGAUUUCAAGAGGUUUGUUCCAUCUCCCUUGUUAUUAUGCUUUACUUUGCUUUUUCCUGUCCUGUGUUAACAGCUCUGCCAACCCCAUCAUUUACUUCUUCAGUGGCUCCUUUAGGCAGCACAAGUACCAGAAUCUCAAGAUAGUUUUGCAAAGGGCUUUUCAGGACACUCCUGGGGAGGAUGGACAUGGAGGCAGCCUUCCCCAGGAGAGCCUGGAGGUGCCAAGCAGCAGACUGGAGCAGGAGUGA